AUGAGUGCACAAGGAAGAAAGAGACAAAAAAUUCUCGAAGAAGUUAUUGAAACAGAAGAAGAAUAUGUCAACAACUUGGACACGUUGCUUCAAGUCUAUGAAAAACCUUUAUUAGAAAAAGGAGAAGAAUUAGGAUUUACAAAAUCCAUGCAUAUUAAAGUGUUUAAUGAUUUAGGUCCUAUUCGUAAUACCAAUGGAAGACUUUUAGCAGAUUUGAAGAAAUUAAUGGAAGAAGAAAAGGAAAUGGGAAAGAAACCAGAAAAGACAAUCGGAGAAAUAUUUCUCAAGUAUGCUCCUUUUCUAAAGAGCUACACGACUUAUUGUAAUCAAUACAAUAACAUUGCCACCAUACUUCGAAAUGUCAAAAAGGAACAUCCAGAGUUGGAUAAAUUCUUAUUGGCACAACAAAAGAGUGGACUUCAUGGAGUGAAUAAUCGAGCUUUGAAUUCAUUUCUCAUCCUUCCAGUACAAAGAAUUCCUCGUUACAAAAUGUUACUUUCAGAACUUUUAUCCAAAACAUCGCAAUAUCACAAAGAUUUUACUUCUUUAACUGAAGCUCUUAAAGCAGUUUCUGACAUUGCUGAUUAUGUCAAUGAAAAGAUUAGAGCAUUUGAAUCUGAAGAAAGACUUGUGUCACUCUUUUCUCUUUUUGAAGAAGAUAUGAUUAAAGAUGGAAUGGAAGAAAAGGAAAUGUCAGAAAAGCAAACACGAAGAUAUCAAAUGGAAGUUUUAAAGAAUGUAAAAUUCUUUUCCUAUUCCAAACACUUAAAGAUGCAGAAAGUGAAUUUUUAUUUGUUCAACGAUUUAAUCCUUGUGAGUUUACCACCUCCUCCACAACCUCUAAUGGAUCCAAAAGAUGAAAAGAAAAAGAAAGAAGAAGAGUCAAAGGAACCUCCUGUUGAAAAAUAUCUAUGUAGAAUUCAUCUCGAUUCUCCUCCUUAUCCAUGGAUUCGUGACAUUGCUGACAAGUACAUUCCAGAACUUUCUUUAGGUUUGGGUUCUUGGGGUGUAGAUCCAAAUUUAGCAAAAAUUAGAAAUACACUUUCAACUCCAUCGAGUCCUGCAUCUGCAAGCUUACCAUCCAUGUCUACUACAUCGGUUGGAUCAGUCGGUGGAAUUAUCACUUCAAGUCAUGCAUCAUCAUCGCUUUCAGUUCCAUCCAACGAUCGAGAACGGAGAGCAAGUACCAGUACUGAUUCAUUGGCCAUGAGUGAAGGUUUUGAAAUUAUUGGACUUCAAAAUGCAUUUCAAAUCAUUGCUCAUGACGAUGUUUAUGUUUUUGACUUUCCAGAUUUUGACACCAAAGUCAAGUACAUUUGUCAAAUUACCGACAAUAUUCAUGAAUAUGCCAAGAAUGCAACCUCUCUCGAAUAUUCCAUUGUUCACAACAGUGGUUUAAUUCCAUAUCCAUUUUACACCAAUUUAGCAUACUUGUCACAAAAAGUAUCCAGUAUUGAAACAGACAAGAAAAAGAAACGCGCUUCAUCAACGACUCGAAUGGAUCAUCAAACAACACCUUCACCAACCACACCCUCUCCAACGACGACGAGUAGUGCCAGCUCUGAAGAAAAGAAAAAGGGAAUUUUUAGAUUUUUCAAAAGUAAGAAACAUUUGAAAGAAGAAAAAACACUUUCAACUCAAUUCGAAAAUAUUGAAAUGGAUCCUUAUGAAAUCAACCCUGAGGCCAUUCCAAAUGUUUCAGAAAAGGACAUUCCUGAUAGUGCUCAUCUCAAUCAAGUGAAAGAACGUGAUAUUACUGAAAGAUUCUAUCUCGCACAAGCAAUUAACACUUACAGACCUCAUCGCUUUUUUAACCAUGUUGGAGUUGGACAAGUAGAUUCUAAAGGUGUCAUGUCGUUCCAUCGUGGAGAUGUUCUCAUCAUUUUUGAAAAACCAAAUAAUGAUUUUGUAUUGGCAAAGAAAGCUGGAUUGAAUAGUGAUCCCGAUCGAAGACAGAAAAUUCUUGAAAGUUACAUUCCACGUGAUUUUGAAACGUUGAAAAACUUGAUGAAUAUUCAAAAGAAUAGAGAAGGUAUCAAUGCUGGAGAUCCACCUGCUGUGAAACAAUUGAGACGAGUGAAACAUCAUUUUGUACAAAUUAGAGAUUUAUUGAAUGAAUUGUUGGAAUAUUACUCGAAUGGAGGAAAUCAAAAUCAACCCACCAAUGUUAGAAAUAGCACUGCUCACAUCAUGGGAAAUAAUUCUCGAGGUGAUGACUUGCUUUCGAAAAUGGAUUUAUUGUCACUGUUCGAAUCAAGCAAUGAACGGAAAAAGUCCACCUCCUCCACUAAUUUGGAUAAGGAACGAGAAAUUUCAGCCAAAAGCAGAAAGUCUCUUUCCACAGUUUUUGGAGAUUCCAACAAGUCCUAUGAAAAUGAUGAAGAAGAAAGUUUAUUUAGAAAUUUGAUCAAUCUCUAUGAAGAGUGGAAUGAAGUUGGCCUCGUUCCUGUGAAAUAUAUUGAUGAAUUCAAGUCACACAGUACCUCCACAAAACUUGAAAAGGUCAUUGAAUGGAGAAAUGAACAAGAAGAACGAAAGAUUAGAAACUUUGUCAUUAAGAAGAAGAAAGCCACUAAGGCUGUAGAAAUUGAUGAUUUGGGAGUGAGUUGUAGUAGUGCCAUGAUGGGAGUGCCAAGAAUUGACACCAUGAAAGAGAAAGAAGUCUCAGCUCUGUUGAAGAAGACGAAAAAGCAAGAAUAA